AUGGAGAGCUCUCCCCUCUCCUCUUCUCUGCCUCCGAUGGUCGUUGGCCACCAAAAUUCACGGAGAGGCUCAUCUCGGGCUCCUCGUCAAGGAUCAAGGCUCGGUUUCGCACGAAAUGACCUCUAUCGUCUUGAAAACGGCCGAGUCCAUUCGGCUUUCCGAGCUCCGGUGACUCCUCCAACGACUCAAGUUCUUCAAGCUAUGAGUUCUUCUUAUCAUUAUAUUUCUAUUGAAAAUGUUGAUCCCUUGAGUGAUGCAUUGCCCGAAGCCAUUGACUUCAACAACAAAGUUGACAAUAAAAGCCGAUUUAUUAAUCAACAAACAUCCCACAUUCUUUUACGAUCACCACCGCCAUCUCCGCCCAUGUCUCCUCCAAAGCAUCAAAUCCCCAACAAAGCUCACCAUUUCCUCUUCCCCAGAGCUCAAUCCUCCGUCCUCCCCGACCCUUCCCGUUUCUUUUCCCCGAACCUCCUCUCGUCCCCUCUCCCUACCAACUCUUUCUUUCAAAACUUCGCUCUCAACAAUGGCGACCAACCAGAGUACAUCCACCCUUAUCUCAUCAAAUCGGCCGACUCUUCCCUUUCCAUAUGCUAUCCAUCUCUCUCCACCAACCCUUCUGUCGUUUAUCAAAUCUUCAACCCUGAUCUUACCAUCUCUGCUACUGAUAAAACCGGCCCAAGCCAUGUAAUCUCUUCUUACAGUGAUCUCAGUGUUACUUUGGACUUCCCCUCUUCGAACCUACGGUUCUUUCUUGUCCCAGGUUGUCCCUUUUUGACCUGCUCUGUAACCGGGAAUACUCCAAUAUCAAUCUCUCCUAGUCAUGCUAUUCUCUCGUUUUCUUCGAAUAGUUCCCUCACCAAGCAUACCGUUAAGCUUAACAACGGUCAAACAUGGUUUAUUUAUACGUCUUCAUCCGUCAGUUUGAGUCAUGGUCUUUCUUCGAUUGGUUCCGGUGGGUUUUCGGGUAUUAUUAGGAUUGCUGUGCUAUCCGGAUUGUACCCUAUACAUGAAUCCGUUCUGGAUCGGUUCAGUUCCUGCUACCCAAUCUCAGGUGAUGCAGUUUUAACUAAACCGUUUUGUUUGGAAUAUAAAUGGGAAACGAAAGGGCGGGGCAAUUUGCUUAUGCUUGCACACCCACUUCAUCUUGAUAUUUUAACUAGUGACUGUUGUGAUGCUAAGGUUUUAGAGAAUUUUAAGUACAGAGGCAUUGAUGGGGAGCUUGUCGGUGUUGUUGGUGAUUCGUGGGUGUUGAAAGCACACCAGGUUUCAGUAACUUGGCAUUCCAUUAAAGGGGUUAAGGAAGAAUCGUACGUCGAGAUUGUGACUGCCCUUGCUAAGGACGUUGAGGCCUUGGAUUCAUCGGCUAUAACGGAGACCUCGUCUUAUUUUUGCGGAAAGUCGAUUGCGAGAGCCGCGAGGUUGGCGUUGAUUGCUGAAGAAGUGGGCUAUCUUGAUGUGAUUCCAGCAAUAAGGAAGUUCUUGAAGGAUACAAUUGGGCCAUGGCUGGAUGGGACUUUCAAUGGGAAUGGUUUCCUGUAUGAAUCAAAAUGGGGUGGCAUUGUGACCAAACAAGGCUCUGCUGAUUCAGGGGCAGAUUUUGGUUUUGGAGUUUACGGUGGCCACCAUUCUCAUAUCGGUUACUUCCUAUAUGGAAUUGCUGUCUUGGCCAAGAUCAAUCCAGCUUGGGGACGGAGGUAUAAACCUCAAGCUUACUCGCUCGUGGCAGAUUUCAUGAACCUUGGCAGGCAUUCGAAUUCGAAUUAUCCGCGUUUGAGGUGUUUCGAUUUGUACAAACUGCAUUCUUGGGCCGGAGGGUUGCUUGAAUACGCAGAUGGAAGGAACGAACAAAACACCGGUGAAGCAGUGAAUGCAUAUUUCUCUGCUGCACUAAUGGGGUUAUCCUAUGGAGACACCCAUCUAGUUGCAAUCGGAUCAACUCUUAUGGCAUUAGAGAUUCAAGCAGCACAAACAUGGUGGCAUGUGAAGGAGGGAGCUAAUCGGUAUGGAGAAGAAUUCGCACAAGAGAACCGAAUCGUAGGAGUCUUGUGGGCGAACAAGAGGGACAGCGGCCUUUGGUUCGCUUCACCUCUCUCGAGACAAUGCCGGCUCGGAAUCCAAUUGCUACCCUUAUUGCCUAUCAGCGAGGUGUUGUUUUCCGAUAUCGAGUUCGCUAGACAGCUAGUGAACUGGACACUGCCGGCAUUGGAUAGGGUUGAUGUGGGAGAGGGAUGGAACGGGUUUGUGUAUGCCUUGGAAGCAACUUAUGACAAAGGGGCUGCUUUGGAGAAGAUAAGGAACCUUGAGGCUCUCGAUGAUGGAAACUCACUCACAAAUCUCUUGUGGUGGGUUCACAGCAGAAGUGAUGAACUCGAAAUCCAACAUGGUGAUGGGGGCAAAUAUUGCUGCUUUGCUCACUGCUCUGCUCUUACAUAUUUCUACAUCAAAUGUCUUAUUGUGAUAGUCAGUUCAACAUUGCUUUUAAAAAUUACAUCUGAAAAGUUAUUUUGA